UAAUUGGGUGCAAAGAUGAGCGGUUUGAGGAGUGUCGCGCGGCGCCGGCAGAUAACGAAGCGGUUUAUAUGCGGCGGCGGGAGGCGCGCGCGCCAGUGUCCCGCCAUGCCGGCCUGCGCGCCCGAGUACAGCCGCCUCGCGCGCUCCAACACUGAGCUCGUGUUCUCGCCGCGAGUCAAGCGUUGCUCGCACCAACCGCCGCCCACCUUCACCGCUCUGAGGCGCUCUUUCUCCUCCACCUUCUCUCUGAUACCUGAGGAACGAGCCAUCUCCCCUGAACGACCUCCGCCGCUACCGCGACUUCUCCGCAUCGUCACAUGGGGGCCCAGACUAUUCCUCAGACCAUUCUUCGCUCUCUUCAACCUCAUCUGGCAUCCCGCUUGGAAGCAAAUCCUGAUAGUGCUUCCGACGCUAUGGAUUGCCGCGUCGUUAUUCAUAUUUUGGAAGUGUGUACAAACCCCGAUCGGAGUGCUAAAAAUGAUUGGACGCGCGCUCAGUUCCCAGAGCCCUAACAAGCCGCGCACAGUCCUUAUCAGCGGAGGAAGUUCGGUGCAAGCACUACAUUUGGCAAGAAAUUUCCAUUCAGCAGGUGCGAGAGUCGUCGCCUUUGAAAUUGAAGGACAGUUUGCGUUGUUGAAAUAUUCUGCAGCAGUGCACAGAUUCUACACAGUGCCGCGACCGAACCCCGCGGAUCCGCUUGCAUACGCUAGAGCUCUCAAAGAAAUAGUUGAGCGCGAAUCAGUGGUGUUUUAUGUUCCUGUCAGUUCAACUACUCCAGGUUACUACGACGCUCUUGCUAAACCUCAUUUGGAGAUAGCGGGUUGCCAAUGUUUCGUGCCGUGUGCCCGUGAUGUUGUUACUUUGGACGACCCUCUCGAGUUAAUCCGCGUAUGCCGUGCUGCAGGACUGCAAACGCCACAGUUUUGGGUCGUAGUCAGUGAUGAAGAUGUUCGUGCAUGGUACGAUAGCGGAGCGUCCAAGGAGGGACGUCAUUUCAUUGCCAGUGCUGGCGCCAGAGGCGCAAGGGAUCGACUGCGUUUUGUUAUGCCUGAAGACAGAACACAGUUCAGAUUCCCACGAGAAAUAAGCGCUGAGAAGCCAUGGGUAAUUGUAAGAGAACCUAAAGGAGAACGUAUAGUGACAUGUACCACUUUGAAAGAUUCUCGCGCCGUCAAUAAUGUGACGUGCCGUGUAGACUCUACAAGGAAAGGUUUGGUGCCACAGAAGGAUGACGAAGCCGACGCUUGGGUGCAAAAGUUUGUCUCCAACCUUGCUCCAGCGAGGCCUAUGACUGGACACAUUUCAUUCCGGCUCGUGCGUGAAGAAAGUGCAACUAACGGGCACACCAACAAGCUAGUGGCGAUUGGGGCACGAGUAGGGGUAUCAUUGCCGUAUUUAUGCCAAGGGCCGACACGAUGCGGCCACACAGCCACUGUCGGGAAGCUGCUGGACACCGUGCUUGACACACGUGAAGCUCUGUUCGCGUUCUGGGACCCGUUGCCGUACUGCGCGUACUACCAGUCACGGCUGCCAGAAGAGAGGCGACUGCCUCCUCCAGAACCGUGCAAGACGCCCCCUAACAUGCCUCUUUGAGAGAUAUUUAACUCAAUAGGAUAUUUAUUAAGACACUCAAGUACCUGAAGAGUUCGUGAGUGGGAGAUUUUCUCCGUUUGUGCCAUGUCACGCUCCGUCAUUUGUCCUUUACUCGGAUGCAUAUCAAGUAGCGCAGGGGUCGAGGGACGAUAUGACAUGUUUGUAACUACUAAGUAGAUUCGAUAUAAGUACGCGUACUGUUGAUACCAAAUAUUAUACUUAAGUUAAGAUGGUAAUAAAAAUAUUCAUAAUGUA